AUGGCGGAGGCUCUUAUAGACAAUCAACCCUUCAAAUGUCUGAUAUGUCUCCAGGAAUGUAACAUACCCCGACAGCUACCAUGUUUUCACACGUUUUGCACCGGUUGUUUAAACACCUAUAUUAAUUCAGAAUACGUCACAGAAGAUAACAGGACGUACUUCCCCUGUCCGGUAUGCGAAAGUCCGUGUUACCCUCAAAACAAGGAUGCUCCCGUUAGUUCUUGGGCCGGUUCGUUUCCUCGGAACCAGCUGUUCGCUUCAUCAACGUAUAAAGAGACAGAAUCAGGUCAGACAUUCUGCCACGGAUGUCUAACUGACGACGAAGAGAACGUUGCUUCCUUCUGGUGUAAAGCAUGCUCGGAAGCCUUGUGUCAGCCAUGUCGCGUUGCACACCGACGAAGCAAAUUACUUUCAACGCACAAAGUCAUUGCCAUAGACGAGGUUUCUAAGACGGAUAUACGCAUGCCUGUAUUCAUUGACAACACGUGUCCUCAUCAUACGGGAAAGACGAUCGAAGUAUACUGCCACGACCACAACGCCUUAUGCUGUGUUCUGUGCGUGACACUGUCACAUAGAAGGUGUACGAAUGUUAGUAGCCUUGGAGAUACUACAAAGAUGUUCUCACUUGAUCUCAUCGAAUGUGAGUUAGAAAAGAUGAAGGACGAGUCAAAAACGAUUGUCGAAGAGGACGAAAACAAACUGACCACUCUCGAAGACGAUUACCAGAAAAUGACCAGCAAUGUGGCCACGAUGAUCAAGAAAGCGAAAGAUAAGCUGGAUGAUCUUCACAAACGUUUUCAAACCGGGUUAGACGUAACAUACCGACGUCAUCGAGAAAGUCUACAUGAACGCUUACGCACCAAUAGGAUAUUUCAAGCAAACAUUGAAAACACCAACCAACUGAUGAGGGUGGUAAAAGGAAAAAGUCCUGACGUUGAUACAUUUAUUGUAACGGAACAAUCCAAGACACAACUCCUAAGUCACGUGCGGCGUUUACAGCAGAGGACUGGAAGCAAGCACAACACAUUUGAAUUGAAGAUUAGAUAUGACGACGUAUUAGAGAAGGUCGUCAACGUGAUGACAACUGUGGGAAGAUUAGAAGUCUCCUCUUCAUUGUCAUCGUCAUCACAAGACUCCCUCACAUCUAUCAGAAAAACCAUUGACACACUCCAGGCAACAUCGUCCGUGACAUCGUUUUCCGAAUCAACGUCCUCCUCGGACAUGCUGAGAGAUGUAGGACACGUGGCAGUUCCAUCUUCAGUCAGUAGCGCCUCGUAUUGA